AUGGACUAUGGACUUAUUGCCAAACCUCUGUAUGAAGCCCAAAAAUCACAUGCCUUUAUUUGGGACAAACCACAGAAAGAGGCCUUCAAAAAUCUGAAGGAGGCGUUAACAAAAUCACCGGCAUGACUCCCAGAUUUGACAAAAGAUUUUCAAUUGUUUGUCCACGAAAGACAGAGGUUGGCAUUGGGAGUAUUAACUCAGAAACUCGGAAACUGGAAAAGACCGGUGGGAUAUUUCUUAAAACAACUGGAUCCAGUGAGUGCAGGAUGGCCCUCAUGCUUGAGGGCAGUAGCAGCAACUGUCAUUUUGAUCCAAGAAGCUAGGAAAUUAACUUUGGGAAAACACAUCGAUGUGUUUGUGCCACAUAUGGUAACCACUGUUCUAGAACAAAAAGGGGGGCAUUGGUUGUCCCCUAGCCGGAUGAUGAAAUAUCAGGCAAUCCUAAUGGAACAGGAUGAUAUAAACUUAAGAACUACUAAUCUGCUAAACCCAGCAGCUUUUCUAGGAACUGACCUAGAAGAAGGAACUCUUGAACAUGACUGCAUAGAAGUCAUCGAACAUACAUAUGCAACCAGAGCAGACUUAAAGGAUGUACCUCUUGAACGACCAGACUGGGAGCUCUUCACAGAUGGAAGCAAUUUUGUGGAGAACGGGACACGAUACGCAGGGUAUGCUGUGACAACGCAACAAGAGGUAGUCGAAGCCAAAGCACUACCUCCUGGAACAUCGGCCCAACGGGCAGAAUUAAUAGCUCUCAUGAGAGCAUUGGAACUGAGCAAUGGCAAAAAGGUAAAUGUAUGGACAGACUCAAAAUAUGCAUUUGGUGUGGUACACAUUCAUGGAGCAUUAUGGAAAGAAUGGCGACUUUUAUCCUCACAAGGGACUAAAAAGUAUCAAAAGGAAAUUUUAGAAUUAAUAAUUGCUGUGCAAAGACCUAAACAGGUAGCCAUCAUGCAUUGCAAGGCGCAUCAAGGAGGAACUUCAAAGAUAUCUGAAGGAAAUACAUUGGCAGAUCGGACAGCCCGACAAAUACACUCCUUGGAGGCCCCAAUCUAG